AUGUCAGUUUACAUUCAACUAACACAUGAUUUAUCUGGGACUGUAACUGCAGUUACUAUUGGUGAUUGGAUUUUGGGAAUACUUAAACAAAAGAACAUUCAAGAAUAUGAAGUUUUUUUUAAAAAGUUUUUAAAUAUUUAUCAGAAUCAAGAUAAAGAAUCUGAAACUAAUAAUAGGUCUGAGAUAUUUUCUUUAUUAUUAUCUGCUAGUGAUUGUGUUUUUGAAACUUUAGUAGAAACAAAAAAAAAUAAAAAAAUAAAUGUAAUAAUAGAUAAUAAGGAAUGUGUUAAAAGUUUUAAUGAAUUUUAUAAAGAAGUAGAAGAAUAUUUUGUAAUAUUAAUUUCAAUAUUACAAUUAGAAUUUAAAAGUGUUGAAGAUUUAAAUAAUGCAACAAAUAAUUUUAUAAAGGCAAUAAAAAAUUAUAAUGUUUUUCCAGAAUUACGGUUAAAAAUAUUGCAAUUAUUAUAUAAUUCAUUUAAUGUUAAUUUUUCAUUUCGAUUUCCAACAUUUAUAGCUAUUUUACAAUUUUCAUCACAAAAUAAUAUUUUUCAUGCUAUCUUGCCAUAUAUAAAAUCUAUUGAUGAUUGGAUUAAAGAAUGGAAUAUAAGUAACCAUGAGAAGAGGCAGAUAUAUUUAAUAGUUGCUGAGGAAUUAAAAAAAUUAAAAAAAUAUGAAGAAUCUUAUAAACAUUUAAAAAAACAUGUAUAUUAUUUUCAAAAAGAAAGUAAAGAACUUUUAAAUCAUGCAUCUACAAUAAAAGCAAGUGUUGAAUUAGUUGUUGAUGCAAUUAAUCUAAAUAAUAAUAUUUAUUUUCACGAGAUUAUUAACUUAGAUGCAAUUCAAAAUUUACAAUAUGUAGAUGAACAUAAACCUAUAUAUGAAUUAUUAACAAUUUUUUAUAAAUAUAAUAUACAUGAAUUUUUAGCAUUUAAAAAAACACAUGGAGAUAGUUUCUUUACAAAAUAUAAUAUCGAUCUUGAAAAUUCAGAGAAUAAAAUAUAUUUAUUAUCUAUAAUUUCAUUAUUUAAAGAUAAUCAAGUUCAAAAUAUACAAUAUAUAUCUGAACAGUUAAAUAUUAGUAUGUUAAAAGUUGAACAAAUAUUAGUUUCAGCAAUAGGUAGUGAUAUUAUUGAUGCAAAAAUAGAUCAAAUAAAUAAAACUGUACACAUGAAAACAACUAUUUUACGUCAUUUUGAUGAACAACAAUGGGAACACCUUAACACACAAAUUGCAAAAUAUAUCAAGAACGUCCAAAAGGUUCUAGAUCUCACAACACAUCGUAAAUCUGCUUCCAACAAAGCAUAA